CAGCCAACCUGAAGGAGCUGAUCUCUCAGACCAUAACCAGCUGGGCUCAGGAGUCUCACAUCCAGGACCCAGAGCUGGUCCGAGUGAUGUUCAGCCUGCUCAGGAGGCAGUACGACGGCAUCGGGGAGCUGCUCCGGACCAUGAGGAAGUCCUACACCAUCAGUGCCGCCUCCGUGCAGGAUGCUAUCAACCUGUUGGUGUCUCUGGGUCAAAUCAGGUCUCUGCUGUCAGUACGCAUGGGCAAAGAAGAGGAGAAACUCAUGAUUGAUGGACUUGGUGACAUCAUGAACAACAAAGUAUUCUACCAACAUCCCAACCUGAUGAGAGUGCUGGGCAUGCACGAGACCGUCAUGGAGGUCAUGGUCAACGUGCUGGGAGGAGACAAGUUGCAGGAGAUCGCUUUUCCCAAGAUGGUGGCCAGCUGUUGUCGCUUCUUGUGCUACUUCUGUCGUAUUAGCCGGCAGAACCAGAAAGCCAUGUUUGACCACCUGGGCUACCUGCUGGAGAACAGCAGCGUGGGGCUGG